AAUAUAGUUUCAGUUUUUGUAAUAAUUGGAGCAAAAUUUGAAGAUUUCAAAGUAUUUGCUAUUGAAUACAACGACAGAUUUGUUCCUAGCUCCAGUAGUUUGAUAAAUAUUAGUGUUUUCAAGUCAUUUUUUAAAAAUAAAUGAUGAAUAUUUUGUUAUUUCAUGUGACAAACCCUGCAAUAGAAGGGAAAUAAAAAAUUAAUUCUCUUAUUAAAUUCCUCAAAACAUCAAAUUAACAAUACUUUCAAUGCACCGCCAUAUCAAGCAAAAUACUUUCAACUUUGCAAACCGAAACCGAUGCCAAAAAUCAUUGCCUUCCGGCUCGAGUACAAGAACAAGCUAAAUUCCUUCCUUCAUUCCAACCUAGACGGAAGCGAUGGAAACGAUUUCAACACUCCAUCUUCCAGAGAUGACACAGAGGCGUAGGGUUAGGAUUUAUCAUAGCGAGCGAAACGCACCGAGCGAAAGAUGGAAAAAUACACUCCCAAUCCCUUUCCCCCCUGGGUACGGACAAACCGAUCGGCAAACGUAACGGACGGGCCAAUAAAGCAGGAAAAACAAAAACCCGGCGAACGAAAACGAUGCUCCAUUUCAGUUCGUUUGGGGGUUUGCUUACUUGGUAGAUGUGCUUGCUACCAUCGUGUGUGUGUCAGUGUACGCGUGUAUACAUAAGCUACAACGACACCGACAACUACCACGACGACGAUGAUGAUGAUGACGACGAUGACGACGGCGCGCGUCUUUGGGGACCGGCAGCAUCGAGAAGCUUUCCGCCGGCGAAAUCAGUUUCCAUCUGGACGGUAACGCGUUUGGUUGCGUUUCGGGGUUUUUCCGAUUCGAGUGUGUUUCCCGUCGUGCUGUGUGAAGCUGUACCGUGCCUUCAAAUGGGGUCUGGGAAUGGGUGGUUUAAACAGGUAGAAACAGUGUGUUGUGAUGUGAAGUAAAAAUUUGCCAAUAGUGUGUUUUUGCCAAAAUGUAUAAAAGUGUUCAAAUGUUCUAAUUGCUUGAGUUAGAAAUAGUAUUAAGGUAUUCAUUGCGAGUGAUUUAAAGAUGUGCAUGAAUUAUGAAAUUGUUCCGUCAAAGUGAUUGUGCAUUUAACAUAUAUUAAAGGUUACAUGAUUGUUUCAAAAUAGUUCCUACUCCGUCGUCAAAAAAGAAAAAAAAAGUGAUUUCAAUCAAUUUCCGCCAUUGUGCGUUGUGGGCACUGUGCAUUAUUUAAUAGCCAUUUACCACGAAAAGUGAUCGUUCGCCCGUUUGUGUGCGUUAAACCCGCGGGGGCAAUGUACAAGUGGUGCCAACAUUGUGACGCUUUAAAGCGCGCCGAGUGCCGACGGUUCGAUGUACAUCGAUCGUCAACCCGGGGCCUUGCUGACCCCGGUUCCGUGUAGGUUGUGAAGUGAAUUUUUAAUGAUUCGCCCGCGUUUUGAUUCGAGCACCCGCCGCCCCCCUAGCAAAAGUGUGAGUGAGAGAAAAUUUGCGGAAAAAUUGAAAACCUACACUACUGCCCCGCCGAUUGCUGCACAUGGCGAACGAAACAAUGCCAGCUACACCGACUGCGGCUGCGAUUGCAGCGGACGACGGUUCCGGUGGGUCACCGUUCGGCGAGGCAAAUGUGACCGGAAUUUCGGUGGAAAACCCUUCGCUGGUGGAGGGGCUGCUGGCGCUGGCAAUGAAUGCGAGCGGUGCGGAACGGUGCCGACUGCAGCAACAGGCGGAGGAGUUGCUGCAGGACGUGGCCUGUCCGUCGUUCUUCGACAUGGUGUCCUGCUGGCCGCGAACACCGCCCGGUACGUUGGCGGUGCUGCCGUGCUUUGCCGAGCUGAAGGGCGUGCAGUAUGAUAGCUCACAAAACGCGACCCGUUUCUGCAACGUCGACGGUACCUGGGACAACUACACCGACUACGAUCGCUGCGAGCAUCUCGAACAGCCGCCACCGCUGCCCAGCUUCGAGCCGGAAAUUGAGCUACCGACGCUGAUCUACUUCGUCGGCUACUCGAUCAGCCUGGCCGCGCUGGUGCUGGCCGUCGCCGUGCUGGUGUAUUUCAAUAACUACUCUGCCCGCAGGGAUCUGCGCUGCUUGCGGAACACGAUACACGUCAACCUGUUCCUCACCUACAUCAUGUCGUCGAGCCUGUGGAUACUGAUCCUUUCGCUGCAGAUUACCGUAAAGCUGGAAGUGGCAGGAUGCAUAUUUCUCGUAACGCUCUUUCACUACUUCAGCACAACUAACUUUUUCUGGAUGCUGGUGGAAGGGCUCUACCUUUACAUGCUGGUUGUGCAGACGUUUUCCGGUGACACGUUACGCUUUCGGAAGUACGCCAUCAUUGGGUGGGGAGGCCCACUGAUCUUCGUUGGAGCUUGGGCCAUCGCAAAGCCUUUCUUUGGCAGUGUCUCGAAUUUGGAACAUCCUAGUAAACUCGAAAUAGAAUGCUCCUGGAUGCGUGAAUCUCACAUCGAUUGGAUCAUCCAGGGCCCGUCCUGUGCCGUGCUGGUUAUCAAUCUCAUCUUCCUGCUGCGCAUCAUGUGGGUGCUGAUCACGAAGCUGCGCUCGGCGAACACGGUCGAAACGCGCCAGUACCGGAAAGCCUCGAAAGCGCUGCUCGUGCUGAUACCGCUGCUGGGCAUAACCUACCUCAUCGUCAUCUACGGCCCGGUCGAGGGUGUCGGCAGCCACAUAUUUGCCAUCACGCGGGCCAUUCUUCUUAGCACGCAGGGGUUCGUCGUGUCCCUCCUCUACUGCUUCCUAAACUCCGAGGUGCGCCAAACACUGCGCCAUCACUUCUAUCGCUGGCGGGACGAACGGAACAUCCUUUCCGGCAAGGUGAACAAUCAUCACCGCAGACCGACAUUCAGCAAGGACAACUCACCCCGCUCGCGGACCGAAAGCACACGAACGGUCGAGUACAGCAUCGUCACCAUGAAGCAUUCGUGCGUGCUGAGAGAUUAAACGUUGAUUGCAAGUCGCGUCGUCUGGACACACAUGAGAUUCAAUCAAACAAUUUAUCAACGAAGUUAAACACGAGAAAAAGAAAAAACCGUCUUAAUUUUUUUAUUAGCUGCCACUUCAAUUAUAAUGUAUAAUUAGUAUAUUUAGCAGGUUCAGAAGUGCAUGUCCAGUUAGAAGGAAAAAUAAACUUUUCAAAUAGUAAUUUAAACUUUUUAAAAUAGAGAGAGACAUAUAAACGAAUCUUAAAUAUGAAACAUGAAAUAAAACGAAAAAUUCAAGCGACCUUAUUGUAGAAACCAUUACCACCUUUUAUAUUUACAUAUGAACUAGCUUUAAGCUAGAAGAAAUUAGUAAGUGGAAGUUUAACAUCUUAAAAAUAGUUAAAUACAUCUAGCCUGUGAAGAUCUUUCCUUUUAUAUAACCAUAUUCCGCAUGGCUUAAACGCUUCCACAAUUCGCAGUCCCUUGCGUUUUCAUUUUCUCUCAUUUAUCCCAGCUCCGUCCUCCCGUAUCACCACCUCCAUGUGUUGAUCUGACAAACUGUUCACGUUCUCGUUAUAUCAUGAUAAUUAAAGCUGCAUUAAAUAAUUACUACCAGCACACCAAAAACUCACUAAUAACCAAUUUCUUCCUCUUCCCUUCUUUCUCUCUGUUCCAUUCUUCCAAUCUUUUUUUUUCUUUUCACCCCCAUCCAGGUUUUCCCAGUUUUCCCGACCAGAGUCGAUGAAUUUUCCACCCGUCCCAUGAGCGUAAAGCCGUUACGGUAUUGAUGAAAUGUUUGCUACACAGUUUUCACUAAUCGAAAAAAAACAGCAACAGAGCAUGCUGUGAGCGACCUGCUGAGAUGGGAUGAGGAAUUCAAUGAACGAAAACGAUACGCGGUCACUAAAGAUAAUAAAGAAAGGGAGAGAGUGAGAGAGAAAAGAGAGAGAAGUAGAAGAGAAAGAGCUUGGCUAGAAAGAGAAGGAAAAGGUAAACUAAUUAAAUCAAGGGAAAUAAAUAAUACCGAUGAACAGAAAAAAAUACACACAGACUCAGUUUCGAUGUAAACAAUUUGCCAUUUCUCUAGAUGUAAACAAAGUGUGUAUGUGAGUGUGAGUUUGUGAGAAUGAGCAAAGGGAGAGAAAGAGCUUGUGGAAAGGUGGUUGGGAGUAAACCAGAUCAACCUUCAUCUACCGAGGUGAUAAAGUUUUUUUUUGUUAUUUUCACUAGCAAGCGGUUAGCGUUUAUCGAUGUUGAAAGGUGAAAAACAGCUUUGCUCGAAUCCGAGAAUCAGCCAGACGGACGUGAAGUAUGCAUUUAAAACAGAGAUUAAACUAUGUAAGAAAGAGAGGCUCGUACAUAUAUUAAACUAUUUAGUACGACUAGGUAUAAAAUUGCAAGAGCAGAGCAGAACAAUGCCAACAACAACUCUAUGUGUCAAACAGCUCUGUGUGUAUGUGUGUGUGUCAGGAAAUGUACUGGUAACAAACAAACAAACAGGCGUUAUAUUGUAAGAGAUGUCUCUAUCUGAAACUGGUUAUUCUCGAGGUCAUGCCAUGAACAGUUUUUGAAUGUAUUUUUGCUGUAAAUAGAAUACCAAAUAUAUGAAAUCUCGAUGUACUAAAA